UCAAGGGACAAAUAACAAGCUGACCCAACUGGGACAUGUGGAAGACCAUUUCACCAGCCUGCAGAGGAUGUACAACAACUGUGAGGUGGUACUCAGCAACCUGGAGAUUACAUAUGUAGAGCACAAUCGUGACCUCUCUUUCCUGAAGACGAUACAGGAGGUUGCAGGCUAUGUCCUCAUCGCGCUUAACAUGGUGGAUGUCAUUCCCCUAGAAAACCUCCAGAUCAUCCGAGGAAAUGUGCUGUAUGACAACUCUUAUGCCCUGGCAGUUUUAUCCAAUUACCACAUGAAUAAAACCCAGGGACUCCGAGAGCUGCCAAUGAAACGGCUGUCAGAAAUUCUCAAUGGAGGUGUUAAAAUCAGCAACAACCCCAAACUGUGCAACAUGGACACUGUUCUCUGGAAUGACAUCAUUGACACGAGCAAGAAGCCUCUCACAGUGCUUGAAUUUGCAAGCAACCUGUCUUCUUGUCCCAAAUGCCAUCCGAACUGCACAGAAGACCAUUGCUGGGGCCCUGGCGAGCAGAACUGCCAGACAUUAACAAAAGUCAUCUGUGCCCAGCAAUGCUCUGGCCGGUGCCGGGGAAAGGUGCCCAGCGACUGCUGCCACAACCAGUGUGCUGCGGGGUGCACAGGGCCUCGGGAGAGCGACUGCCUGGCAUGUCGCAAGUUUCGGGAUGAUGCUACGUGCAAGGAUACAUGUCCCCCAUUGGUCCUGUAUAACCCCACCACUUACCAGAUGGAUGUCAACCCUGAUGGAAAAUACAGCUUUGGAGCCACUUGUGUGAGGGAAUGUCCACACAACUAUGUGGUGACAGACCACGGCUCCUGCGUUCGCUCAUGCAAUACCGAUACUUACGAAGUGGAAGAAAAUGGUGUUCGGAAGUGUAAAAAGUGUGAUGGGUUAUGCAGCAAAGUGUGCAACGGCAUUGGAAUAGGUGAACUUAAAGGGAUCCUCUCCAUAAACGCCACAAACAUCGACUCCUUCAAAAACUGUACCAAGAUCAAUGGGGAUGUCAGCAUCCUCCCAGUUGCGUUUCUAGGUGAUGCCUUCACAAAGACCUUACCCUUGGACCCCAAGAAGCUGGAUGUCUUCAAAACAGUCAAAGAAAUAACAGGGUUCUUGUUGAUUCAGGCCUGGCCUGAUAAUGCUACUGAUCUCUAUGCUUUUGAAAAUCUGGAGAUUAUACGAGGCAGAACCAAGCAACAUGGCCAGUAUUCCCUUGCCGUUGUUAACUUGAAAAUACAGUCCUUAGGGCUGCGCUCCCUCAAGGAAAUCAGUGAUGGAGAUGUUGCCAUUAUGAAGAACAAGAACCUCUGCUAUGCUGACACCAUGGACUGGCACAGACUGUUUGCAACUCCGAGCCAGAAAACAAAGAUUAUACAGAACAGAAAUAAAAAUGAGUGUGGUAAGUCAGUGCUGCCUUCCUGCUUCCUAUGGAAGCUUGUGCUGAAGUGCAAGACUAACUUGGCUGCUGCCAGGCAUGUUUGUGACCCCCUGUGCUCAGAUGUGGGCUGCUGGGGCCCUGGACCCUUCCACUGCUUCUCCUGCAGGUUUUUCGAUCGCCAGAAGGAGUGUGUGAAACAGUGCAACAUUCUUCAAGGGGAGCCAAGAGAGUUUGAAAGGGAUUCCAAGUGCCUCCCCUGCCACCCCGAGUGCCUGGUGCAGAACUCCACCAUGUACAACGCAACCUGCACUGGACCUGGCCCUGACAAUUGCAUGAAGUGUGCCCAUUUUAUAGACGGCCCCCACUGUGUGAAAUCCUGCCCGGCGGGAGUUCUGGGUGAGAAUGACACCCUUGUCUGGAAAUACGCCGAUGGGAAUGCUGUUUGCCAGCUCUGCCAUCCAAACUGCACCCGGGG